AUGCCACCAACCACCUUCCACUGCGUCGCUGCUAGUGUCGGCGCAACCAGUCUUUCUGGGGUCGCCGCUUGCGCUGCUCCAGCGCCCAGGAAUCAUCGCCAAACCUCAACCCGUGUUUAUCGCCAGAUUCCCAUUCGGCCCAGUGAAGUCUCUAAUACCGUCAAGAUGGGUUGCGGAAUGAGCGCAGAGGAGAAGGAGGGCCGGGCUCGUAACGAGGAGAUCGAGAACCAGCUCCGUCGUGACAGAAUGAUGCAGCGCAACGAGAUCAAGAUGCUUCUUCUUGGUGCUGGUGAAUCUGGCAAGUCGACCAUUCUCAAGCAGAUGAAGCUCAUUCACGAGGGCGGCUAUUCCCGCGACGAGCGUGAAUCCUUCAAGGAAAUCAUCUUCAGCAACACGGUUCAGUCCAUGCGCGUCAUUCUUGAGGCCAUGGAGUCACUUGAGCUACCCCUCGAGGACCAGCGCAUGGAGUACCACGUGCAGACCAUCUUCAUCCAGCCCGCCCAGAUUGAAGGCGAGGUCCUUCCCCCAGAGGUUGGCGGCGCCAUUGAAGCUCUCUGGAAGGACCGCGGCGUGCAAGAGUGUUUCAAGCGCUCCCGCGAAUACCAACUCAACGACUCGGCUAGAUACUACUUUGACAAUAUUACUCGCAUCGCUGCUCCUGACUACAUGCCCAACGACCAGGACGUUCUGCGCUCACGUGUCAAGACCACCGGUAUUACUGAGACUACUUUCAUCAUUGGCGAUCUCACCUACCGCAUGUUCGACGUUGGUGGCCAGCGUUCUGAGCGUAAGAAGUGGAUUCACUGCUUUGAGAAUGUCACCACCAUUCUCUUCCUCGUCGCCAUCUCCGAGUACGACCAACUUCUCUUCGAAGAUGAGACCGUCAACCGCAUGCAGGAGGCUCUAACCCUCUUCGACUCCAUUUGCAACUCGCGGUGGUUCACCAAGACAUCCAUCAUUCUGUUCCUCAACAAAAUUGACCGGUUCAAGGAGAAGCUGCCUGUCAGCCCCAUGAAGAACUACUUCCCGGAUUACGAGGGAGGUGACGACUACGCCGCUGCUUGCGACUACAUUCUCAACCGCUUUGUCAGCCUCAACCAACACGAAAACAAGCAAAUCUACACACACUUUACCUGCGCCACCGACACUACCCAAAUCCGUUUCGUCAUGGCUGCUGUCAAUGACAUAAUUAUCCAGGAGAAUUUACGCUUGUGUGGCCUCAUUUAA